UUGACAUUUGAUUAAUCCAGCCCUUCAUGUAUUUUGGUCGAAAAGUCGAAAUAGUAUUUCGGCCCGAAAAUGGCCUCUUUAUUAAAUAUUUUGGUCCGUAAAUCUGCUUUGGGUCAGACCAAGUCUUUACUGAAUAACUUACCAGCAGUUUACAAUGUAAACUCACAACGCAAAGCUCAUAGAUGGAUGCCAGAUGCUGAAUUUGUGAAGCAGUUUGAGGGUGCUGUGAUGUAUCCUGAUGAAGUCACAUCAUUACUCAAACACCCUCCAUAUAACAGUGUGAUCACUCCAACGGCAAAACAAGUGCGUAAUAUGGUGUUGAACUUCGGACCGCAGCAUCCCGCCGCCCACGGUGUACUUCGGUUGGUGCUUGAGCUUGAUGGAGAGACCGUUCGCGCGGCGGACCCUCACAUCGGGCUGCUGCACCGCGGCACAGAGAAACUUAUCGAGUACAAGACGUACACACAAGCGCUGCCGUACUUCGACCGGCUCGACUACGUGUCCAUGAUGUGCAAUGAACAGUGCUACAGUUUGGCUGUAGAGAAACUACUCAACAUCGACGUCCCGCUCCGCGCCAAGUACAUUAGAUGUCUGUUCGCGGAGCUGACUCGGCUGUUGAAUCAUAUCAUGGCGAUCGGCACGCACGCGCUGGACGUGGGCGCGCUCACACCUUUCUUCUGGCUGUUCGAGGAGCGCGAGAAGAUGAUGGAGUUCUACGAGAGGGUCAGCGGCGCUAGGAUGCACGCCGCAUACAUCAGGCCCGGAGGUGUUGCUAUUGACAUGCCGCUAGGUUUAAUGGACGACAUUUAUGAGUUUAGCAGCAAGUUCGCGGAGCGUAUCGACGAAGUAGAAGACGUGCUGACCACUAACCGGCUCUGGGUGCAGCGCACCAAGGACAUCGGGAUAGUCUCGGCGCAGGACGCCCUUAAUUACGGCUUCAGCGGUGUGAUGCUCCGCGGGUCGGGUAUCAAGUGGGACCUCCGCAAGGCGCAGCCCUACGACGCGUACCAUCUGCUCGAUUUCGACGUACCGAUCGGUACCAAUGGAGACUGCUAUGACAGAUACUUGUGUCGUGCUGAGGAGAUGCGUCAGUCACUGCGCAUCAUCGAACAGUGUCUCAACCAAAUGCCGGCUGGGGAGAUCAAGACGGAUGACUCUAAACUUACACCCCCAUCUAGGGAAGAGAUGAAGACAUCAAUGGAGGCCCUGAUCCACCACUUCAAGCUGUUCACACAAGGGUACCAAGUGCCUCCCGGAUCCACCUACACUGCUGUGGAGGCGCCCAAGGGAGAGUUCGGCAUCUACCUCGUGUCUGAUGGCGGUUCUAAGCCCUACAGAUGUAAAAUCAAGGCGCCUGGCUUCGCUCACCUUGCGGCUUUAGAGAAAAUCGGUACAGGUCUAAUGUUGGCCGAUAUCGUAGCAAUUAUAGGCACCCUCGACGUUGUCUUUGGUGAGAUCGACCGGUAAAUAAUUUAUUAUGUGAUAGUAAGAAUUCGUUAGCUCUUAAGUGUAUCUCACAAUUGUAUAUUGACAGAAAUUUAUUUGUACCUACAGUGUGUAAGCGAUAUAAUGGAAAAAUAAACUAUGUUUAGUUCAGAAUUUA